UGAGGUUCAGUAGUCCAUCGUGCAAUCAGUUCGAAGGUGUUAAGAAACCCACUAAGAUGACCUCAAAUUGAACCUGGUAUUGUGUUAAUGUUUAGUCAACCAUUAAUGUGCCGGGGUUUAUUUUGCCGAAUGGGCGUCAAUGGCAAACAAAAACGGUACACAAUUGCAUGUCACUCAAAGAAAGUCCUGUAUAAAUUUUGCUGCGUAGCAGCCAGAUAUACAUGAAGACAUUGCUAUCAUUUGGCAUAUCAAAACCAUCCCGUUUUCUUGGUUAUGAUCCAUAUCACCACUUGAGAUUCAAUAGCCCAUUGUGCAAACAGUUCGAAUGUGUUAUGAAACUCACUCAGACGAUCGACCUCAAAUUGAACCUGGUAUGGUGUCAAUGUUUAGUCAAUCAUUAAUGUGCUAAGAUUUAUUUUGCAGAAUGUGCGUCAAUGGCCACAAAAACGGUACACAAUAGUAUGUCACUCAAAGAAAUUCCUGUAUAAAUUGUGCUGCUAGCAGCCAGAUAUUCAUGUCGACAUUGCUAUCAUUGGCAUAUUAAAACCAUAUUGGUUUCUUUGUUAUGAUUCAUAUCAUCACGCACCUGGUACUGAAAAAUAUACAAACGUGUCUGUUUCUCACUGGUGUACUUUAGUGUUGCAAAAAUUGUAUACGAUGCAAUGUGAACACAUAGCCUGAUUGAACCACAGUUCUAGCAGCCGUGAGAAUCUACUUACUAUAGCCAAGCCGCACGAAGUUUGAUGGCCAACACCAGUAAGUAUGGAAAAAUCUCUGGGCAGGGUACCAAUCAGCCCCUGAUUACAAGAGAUUGUGUACUAUACCGUGGACUUUUAUAGACUGUCUGUUGCAUCCAAAGGGUAUUUGGAAGAAGUGAAUGGUUGAAUAGUAUUUGGCGAUAACGUAAACACACUCACCACCACCAUCUCUCGUAAGGAGGGUGGAAAAGGUGGUGUGUCACUUAAAAGUUUAUCGAUAGUAUCAAAAUUUUGUUAUGUGGAUGUAAAAGCAUAUACUUUUACUAGCUUCCAUAGAUUCGAUGGCCGAUCCCAUGUGCCUAUGUAUACAUAAAACUGGCGAAUGGAUUAUAGAUUACAUUGAAUCACUCUUAUUCAUGUCCAGAAAAACUAGCUAUUUACAAAAGCAUUCAAGUGUCCAUGUAACCGUGGAUUGUAAUAUGAAGAAGGUUUGGCAUGGCAAACAAAUAUACGAGGGGGGGAGGCGAUUGUGUUAGUGCAAGUCAUACCAUCUAUGAUUUUGUUCUGUUUGAAGUACAGGGGAGUCGCCUUCGAAAUGGCAGGCCGACACUUAUGGAUAGUCUGGCUCUGCUACAUGGCCGUUACCUUUUCUGCAACCAACGGACAAGCAAGUCCAGGUUAGUGACGUUACGUACAUCUCGAAUACUGGUGCACAGCUUAAGUUCGAAAAUGUAAAACAACACCUUGGUCUACCUUGGUUGAAAGCAUUACUGUGGAACCGAUUUUAAACUCAUACAGCGUCAGGAAUUUAAGGGAAACUUCCAGCUGACAAUACAUAUACAUGUACAUACUAUUUAGUGCAUUUGUUGGUUACAUACAUUCCUUUCAUAAUUCAGACGGGCGGCGCGUUGGAGAAUCUAGUCACAGUUGCCUUCAUACUUAGGCCUAAAUAUACCUAGUACAAAAUGAUACUGCGGAAUGUGUAUUAUAAGUAUUACAUGCAAAACCUCUCCUGUAUUGUCCCAGAGUCAACAUCAUACUUUCAAACUUCAUUCCAUAUUAGGUGGGCGUUCUCUUAAUCUACAAGUUUCACCAAAAGAGCUCACUACAGCUGCGGGCUCCACGGCAACGUUCGUAUGUUCAGCACAGGUACACGGCACGGGACAAAAACUUAUACUGAGAUGGACAUGGUCGGAUGGACAACUGGACAGCGAUCGCGUAAUUCAGAGUGUACAGAGCAGUACAAGUUCUGGUGGACAGACAACCUUCAAGACGAAUACCUUACAAAUACUGGACCUAACAUCAGCAGACGCAGGGACAUACACCUGUCAAGCAUCAUAUGAAAAUCAACAUAAGCAACUCACAGUGUGGCUUCAUAUCAACGACAAAGGCAGUCAGCUAUGGUGGAUAAGCAUUCCUGCCAUCUGUGUACCAUUACUGAUUGGGGCUGUCAUUCUCUGCUUCUGCAAGCGAAGGAAUUCAAAGAACACAGCUGACAACACAAAUAGAGCAGAUCUGCAGGAGGAAGGUGGAGUAGUCAAUCCAGACACAGAUGUGGAGGACUCAAGUCUUCACCAGGAGACUGUUGAUGGAGAAGUCAAUACUGACUGUGUGGCAGAAAUGGACGUCCAGAAUGCAAAUUCGUCUGACGAUGACAGGGUCUAUUCCAUAUCAGCUGAAGAGGAAAAGAGAGGCAUCUCUGGUUCAUCACAACCAAAUCAUGGAUGUCCACAGCCACAGCACAAGUCACAACACAGCACAUCACAAGUGGUCACAAUGAGAAGCACCCCUGUUUUCGAACUUUCCGAAAAUAGCUCUAUCAGCAGAAAGCAAAAUCCUUUAAGAAACAGACAGAGAGAUUCUGGUUAUGCUAGUAGAGAUGCAUUAGACGCUGUACAAGAAGACUUCAAAUGGGGGUCCAGAGAGUUGAAACAGCUAAAAACUGAAGCCCGUGAAAAACUUUGUAAAAUGUCGCCAAGUGAACGACUCCAAACUAACAUAGUCAGUAAGAGCUUUGCAUCUGGAGUCUUCAAUGAAAAUGGCGGCCACCUUUCAAUUCCAGAAGCAGACGUGCACAUGUUCAUUCCACCACAAGCAAUCAAAACUGGUCGUUCUCAAGAAGUCUACAUAUAUUUGGAAAGGAACCCUAGUUGCAAUGAUAAAGUCAUGUUAGGUCCUGUACUUCACUGUGGGCCUCCAGGUCUCAAAUUUGAUGCUCAAGUGAUAUUCUCAUUACCCAUUAAUACCAGCAAAUGGAAACUCGUCCCAAUGCGAACAGAAACGGACAUUGAAAAACCAACAAACUGGACACCCAUCAGUGAAACUGCAGAUGCCUUAUGUUUCAUUGAGGGAAGCACUUGUACCUUUUUAGUUGACCAUUUCACUGGCCAUGGCAUGUCGUGCAAUGAUGAUCAGGCAUUCCUAAUCGGCGCCUUUACCUCACUGUCUAGAGGUUCAUUGCAAUAUUUAGGUUCAUCAAACGAGUCAACUUACGUGUCAUCACCAACUGAUGAAACUGAAUACACCAAAGAUCACUUCAUGUUCCACAUCAGAUGUUGGAAAAAUGACCAAAAAGUGACAAAGAAUGUGCUCUCAAUGGAAGAGGAACAGCGCUGUCGCCUCCUGGACAAGUCACUUAUCCACAUGCACCCAGACGUGAACAAGAAAGGACUAGAGCUUGACAUCGAAGAAGUCAGUCCUGGUUGGACUCAAGUGACACCUCGUGGGAGAACUGUGGUUCCUUAUGACAGCCUGAUGACGGGUUCUGAGGACGUUGUGGAAGUCGCAGAAUACGAUUUCAAGUUAAACGACAACACAGACCAGAGAUUUAAAUGCCAGGUCAUAGCCUACCAACUCGACCAUCAAGAGGACCAAGCAAAGCUGGACAUAUCCUGCCCAGACAGCCCUGAGGUGCUUCGAGAACAAAAACGAGAUGAGCAGCUUCUGCCACCCGAAGUCUUUAACAACAUCUGUAAGUAUAUGGACAUUGAAAAUUAUCAGCGGAUACAGGGCCCAAAUGCAAAAGGCUGGAAGUCUCUUGCAAAACAGCUUGGACUCCCUACAACCAUCAUUGAGCACAUGUUGACCAAGACUGAGUCAACUGAAGAGAGAAGGGCAGGAGCCACACCUUUGGGUGCAGAAGCAGCAGAAACAACCAGACAGAUCAGAGGCCCAACUGCUACUAUCCUUGGUUUGUGGGAGCUCCAAAACAAACGACAAGGACUGCAAGCAAUACAGACUUUGCGUGACACUUUCCAUAGACUAGGUAGACCAGAUGUUUGCAGAAUCUUGGAUCCUGUUAUUGAAGGCCAACAACAGCACUUUGAAGAGCACCCUGGGGUUGAAACUUCAAGAUAUCUCAUUCGUUAUCAUACACAACUUAGUCCUGUGCAAGAGGCAAGCAGUGGGCUAGCUGGAACUAGUGAAGAGACGACAGUGCCAAAUGGUUAUGUGAAUUCUGAAGCAGUCCAGUUCCCAAGCAAUGAAUUGUAUGAAACAGACAGAACCAGUGGUAUAGGAUCAAGUGGGUCUUCGACCUACAGCGACAGAUCUAGGCAGAGUUCAAGUGGAUCAUUAAGUCAACGAUCUACUGGUUCUACACAAACUCAGUAGUGGUUGACUCAGAUACAAGUACUGGAUAACUUCAAUAUAGGAAAUGUACAAAUGAAAAUUCAUUGUAGUGAAGAAUAUUCACUGUAGAAAUGAACAUUCAUUGUA